GCUUCGCCCCACACAGACUUGACUCACCAGAGCGGGUUUUCCUUUCCCAGGUGGUAGGUAGGAUAGGAUGCAGGCCGCUGCCGCCGAGGCCGAGGGGAGGAGCAGGGGCUCGCCGUCGGCCAUGGACAACGCCGACGAGAGCGCCAAGAAGGCGCGGCUGGAGCCGCCCAACGGCCACCUCGUGAAGCAAGAGCUCGUCGCGCACGACGCGGCGGCCGGAGGAGGCGCCAUCGUUGCGGCGGCGCCUGAGCACAGCCCGAGGGCGGAGCUCGCGGUGAAGAUCGACAUGUGCGUGCUCCACUGCCCGCUCUGCACCCUCCCCUUCAAGCCCCCCGUCUUCCAGUGCAAAGGCGGCCACUUUGCCUGCGGCGUCUGCGUCGCCCGGCUGCCCUGCGGCCGGUGCAAGGCGUGCGUGGACGGCGGCGGGCUCUUCGGCCCCUGCCCCGCGCUGGACGCCGUCGUGUCGUCGACCAGGGUCGAGUGCCCCAACGCCGGGUGCCAGAAGUACGUGACCUACCACGAGGCCGGCGAGCACCAGAGCGCGUGCCCGCACGCGCCCUGCCGCUGCACGGAGCCGGGCUGCGAGUUCGUCGGCGCGGCGCCCCUGCUCGCCGGCCACCUCAACACCGUCCACUCGGUGCCGGUGCGCAGCUUCCAGUACGGCAAGGUGAGCCGGAUCCAGGUCCCCGUGUCGGCCCCGCGGCUGCUGCUGCUCGUCUGCGAGGACGACGGCUGCGUGUUCCUCCUGACCGUGGGCGCGCUCGGCGCGUCCGCGUCCGCCGUGUCCGUGGUCUGCGCCAGGCCGAGCGCGGCGACCCGGCCGCGGUUCACGUGCAAAAUGUGGGCGAACCUGGCGGCGUCGAACGGCGGCAAGACGGACAUCGUGCUGGUGGAGAUGCAGAUGAGGAGCAGCACCUCGCCGGGCGCCGUGGUCGCCGCCAGCGAGCCGACGUUCCUGGCGGUGCCGGCGGUGUACCUGGUCCCAGGAGCGGGCGGCGGUGGCAUGGAGAUGGAGGUGGCCCUGAACGUGCGCAUCGACAAGAGCUCGCCGUGGUCGGACUGAUGGCAAACCACCAUGCAUUCCGAUCAGCUCCUGCUCAAAAUUCCUUGCUGAGAUCCAGCUGAAUUAAACCAUUCAAGAUGUAGUAUUACCACUACCAGUGAACUUUAAUGACGUUAUCGGGUCAACUGGUGCUAAUUCUGGUGAGAAAUGUAUGGACUUGCGUUGUUUUUUGUCAUUCCAUUUGCAAUCUCAAUCUCAAUGUCAGGAAA